GAUAAUGAGAAUCUGGGAGAAAAUUCAGCUUCCUUAGUCAGAGGAAAGCAAAUUACGACCAUUAUACCACUAGGAACUUGAAACCUGGCUUGACCAGCGGUGUGAAGGGCAAGAAGGAAGGAGCUGUGGUUCUUGACUUCUUUGAGGCAGCAGUAUGGCUGAGAUAGUUUUGAGCCCUCUGUUGCAGGUGGUGUUUGAAAAGCUAGCCUCUCGGGUUUUGAGAGAGGUUGCUGAUCGUUGUGGGUUCAAGGAUGAGAUCCAGAAGCUCCAACGUGCGUUGCGGAUGAUCCAAGCUGUACUUGAAGACGCAAAAGAGCGGCAAGCUACUGAUAAAGCUUUGAAUUUGUGGUUAUCUGAGCUUAAAGAGGUAGCUUAUGAUGCUGAUGACUUGCUUGAAGAGUUUAGCCUAGAGGCUAUGCUGCAAGAAAUUGACAAUAGUUUUACUGAGCAGAUGAGCAACAUCGUCCCCUCUUUGAAACCUUUUAUAACAUACCUCAGAAAAUUGCCUGAAUUAACACAAAUAAGGGAGAGACUAGACGUGUUAUUGGAAGAAAGGUCCUUUUUCAAGCUCAAGGAAAAAGUUGGUGAUAAAGAUAUGAAACGUGGACAGAAAAGAGAGACUGGGUCUUUUGUGAUUGAAUCUGAAGUCAUCGGAAGGGAGGAAGAUAAAGAAAAGAUAAUAGAGAUGUUACUGUUAAAUACUGAGAGAAGUUCUAACAGUACUACCAGAGUUGUCUCAAUUAUUCCAAUGGUUGGUUUAGGGGGCAUUGGUAAAACCACUCUUGCUCAAACAGUCUAUAAUGAUGAGAGGGUGAUGAGAAAUUUUGAGCUGAGGAUGUGGGUAUGUGUUAAUGAUGAUUUCAGUGUAAGAAAGAUUGUUAACUUGAUGAUAGAAUCUGCAACUAGGGGAAGAUGUGAUGAUCUUUUGGGAAUGGAUGUUCUUCAGUUUCAACUACGAGAUUUAUUGUUUGAGAGAAGAUAUUUGCUUGUAUUGGAUGAUGUAUGGAACGAGGAUGAGGAUGAAUGGGAUAAGCUUAAAAUUUUGCUAAAGUUUGGAGCAUACGGAAGCAAGGUCAUAGUAACAACAAGAAGUGCAAAGGUUGCAGGAAUAAUUGGAACAGCGUCUUCUCACCAUCUUAAGGGUCUGUCUGAUGAUGAUUGUUGGGCUUUGUUCAAGCAACGUGCCUUUGCUCACGGCCAAGAGGAUUAUCCGUACUUGGUCCAAAUUGGGAAACAAAUAGUGAAGAAGUGCGGGGGAGUCCCUCUAGCUGCAAAGACCCUGGGUAGUCUAAUGCGCUUCAAAAGGGAGCCAGAGGAGUGGCUAUCUGUGCAGGAGAGUGAUCUAUGGAAUGUAUGUGAAAAAGAAAAUGGGAUAUUGCCGGUCCUAAGGCUGAGUUAUAGUCAUUUGCCAUCAAAUCUGAAAGGAUGCUUUAUGUAUUGCUCUAUAUUUCCUAAAAAUUAUGUCAUCAAGAGAGAUAUGUUAAUUCAUCUUAGGAUAGCAGAAGGCCUCAUUCAACCGACUGAAGAAAGAAAAUCUCUAGAUGAUAUAGGAAACGAAUACUUCAAUGACUUAAUGUGGAUGCUUUUCUUUGAAGAUGUGAAGAAAAAUGAUGUCGGUGAUUUAACAGAAUGCAAAAUUCAUGAUCUUAUUCAUGAUCUUGCAAAAUCUGUUGCAGGAGAAGAGUACUUUGUAUUCGAACAUGGGUGCAUGUCAAGAAAUUUGGCUAAACUUCGCUACGUGUCUGUGGUCUGCGAUUCUGGGUCCUGUACUAUUCCAGAAGCCUUGUACGAGGCUAAGAAAUUGCGAACUCUCAUUUUAUUAUAUCCAAAAGGUGACCUUGGUGAAAUCCCAACCAAGUUGUUUUCAAGUUUUAGGUAUCUGCGAGCCCUGGAUUUGGGUAAUUGUGGCAUCAAAAGGGUUCAAAGUACAAUUUCUUCCUUGAAAUAUUUGAGGUACCUCAACCUUUCAAACACCUUGAUGGAAAUAUUACCGGAAAGCAUAUGCAGCCUUCAUAACUUGCAGGUGCUGAACCUAUUAGGUUGCGCUGAUCUCAUUGACCUACCAAGGGGGUUGGCACGACUGGGCAAACUGAGACAUCUUAUAAUAAAUGGUUGUGAAAGAUUAACUCGCUUGCCAGCUGGUAUUUUUAAACUUAUUCAUCUUCAGACAUUGCCAUUGUUCAUUGUUGCACAUGAGACUAAUAAUCUCAGGGAGAAUGCUAAUCUCGGAGAGCUGAAGCGACUGCAGCUAAAAGGUGAGCUGACAAUUAGAAAACUGGAAAAUGUGAAGAAAUCAUUUGUAGCUAAUGCAAACUUAAAAGAGAAAAACCUUCAUUCUUUGGAGUUGUCAUGGGGAGAUGAUCAUGAAGGUUUGAACUUGAACAUGAACAAUGAUUCUCUUUGCAAAAUGGGAGAGAUUGUGCUCGAGUGUCUUCAACCACCCCCAAAACUCAAAAGUUUGACCUUAAAAGGAUAUCCAGGAAUUUGCUUUCCAAGAUGGAUGAGUACUCUCAGACUUCCUGGCUUAACAAAAUUGGACUUGAUCAACUGCAAAAGAUGUGAAAAUCUCCCUACUCUAGGUAAACUUCCAUUCCUAGAGAUUAUCCACAUGCGUGGAAUGGAUGCUGUGAAGAAUAUUGGCAGUCAGUUUUAUGGGGAAGACAGUAGGAUAUUGUUUGGAUCUUUAAAGGAGCUUACUCUCAUAGACUUCCCCAAUUUGGAACGCUGGUGGAGUAUAAGUGGAGGUGAAGAAUUCCCCUCACUUGUCAAAUUAACCAUCAAUAAAUGUCCUAAGUUGAUGAUUAUGCCAAAAUUUUCAUCUCUUAGGCAUUUGGAGUUGCAUAACUGCCACGAAACGAUACUAAGGUUAGCAGUAAAUAUAACCUCACUUUCUGUCCUCAUUAUUGAUGUUUUCACCGGACAGUUGAGUAUAUUGGAUAACUUGCUUCAAAACAAUGUUCAUCUCAUGUCUCUAACUAUCAGCUCUUGUCCCAAUCUACGCUGCAUCCCUUCUAGUUUGGGGAACCUUGUCUCUCUAAAAUCAUUGACAAUUUGUUGGUGUGAGGAGCUCUUAUCUUUGCCACCGCAAUUGGAAAACCUCACCUGCCUGCAGUCUCUGGAGAUCAGUGAAUGUCAUAGCCUUUCAGCUUUACCCCAGAGCAUAGAUGGGCUAAUCUCCCUUAAAUAUUUGUCCAUUGAGAACUGCAGUAACAUAAGAUCAUUACCAAUAGGACUGCAACAUCUUAGUUCUCUUGAACACUUAACGAUUAUGUACUGUCCAAGUCUGGUGUCUUUGCCAACUGACUGGCAUGACCUUUCCAUGCUGAGGAGUUUGUGCAUUUUAUGCUGUCCAGAGCUGUCAUCUCUGCCUGAAAGUAUUAAACAUGUCACGACUCUGCAAAAUCUGGAAAUCCAUGGUUGUACUGGUUUAAAUGUGUUGCCAGAGUGGAUUGCAAACCUUUCACUUCUUAGAUCUUUGGCGAUAUCAGAUUGUCCCAAUAUGACAUCACUUCCAGAUGGUCUUCAGUGCCUGAGCAACCUCCAACGUCUUUCCAUUCAAGAAUGUCCAAGGCUUGAAGAGCAUUGCAAGAAAAAUAUAGAUAAGGACUGGCCAAAAAUAGCUCACAUUGCCCAUAUUUACAUCGGAUCACCAGAGGUCAGGAAAGAGAAUGUUGCCAGCAGCUCAUUGCGCUGAAGUAGAAUACAUAUCAGAAAAUCUGGUCAUGCUCUUGAUAUGUCCGACUUCAUUCUCCUCUUUUAAUUGCCUCUCAUUCAAGUAUCUUUUGACAAUGCUCCAUAGAAUAUUCUUGAAUAUGUUUUUAAAUUUUUUUUUUUAAAAAAAGGCCUUUUGAAUCUAACAGACCGAGUCUUGAGCAGGGGUUUUGAAAGACCGAUCAUGGC